AUGACCGCCACCGCCGGCGGGCUGGAGGAGCUGCCGCUGCUCUCGUGCCCGCUGGGCAAGGCCGCCACCGCCCCGCUGACGGUCACAAACCCUCUAGCGGUCGAGGCGUCCUAUACUGCGGCCGUCGCCGCGGCGGAGGGCGAGGGGGAGGGCGGCGGGGGCGCCGCGGGGCGCUUCGGCGUCUCCCCAGCGGCGUUCACCCUGGGGCCGUACGCCUCCACAGACAUACAGGUGGAGUACCGGCCGGGCAGCCUCGGCACUGAGGAGCGUGCCAGCGUCGUCGUGGCCAGCCCGACCGCCGGCCGCGUCGCCUACGCGGUCGCGGGCAGGGGCCUCAUGCCGGGGGAGGGCGGGCCCGCGGACGCGCCGGCGGAGGUGGUGGCUGUGCUGGGUGGCAGGGCCACCAAGGUUCUGUCCUGGACCAACCCCAUGCCGGGGCCGGUUACCGUCAAAGUCGAGCUGGCGGCGCCAGGGGAGCCACCGGGCACCUUCUCCGUAGGUGUCAAGGGACAGCAGCAGCAGCAGCAGCAGCAGCAGCAGCAGCAGCAGCAGCAGCAGCAGCAGCAGCAGCAGCAGCAGCAGCAGCAGCCUCCUGCGGGCACGACACCGCCCGAUCCUGCUGAGCUGCCGCGCAGCACGCCCCAGACGGCAGACAGGCGCCGCCGCAGCACCUCCGAGCGCGUGCCGGCGCCUCCGCAGCCGGGCGCGUCCGUCAAGGGCGGCGGCGGCGACAGCGAUGCGGCACUCGCGGCCGGCAGCGAGCCGGCGGUCCUGUCUGUGCCGGGCGGCGGCGCCCUGCAGCUGCCCGUCACCUUCUCGCCGGUGCUGUUGAGGGAAGCUGCUGCGCAGCUGACGGUGGAGCUGGUGGAGCCUGUUGUGGCGGCUCCGGCGCCGCUGGUGUGGCGGUACGGGCUGCACGGCGUGGCGCAGGCCGACACUCGAGGUGUCAGCUUCAGCCUCAAGUGCAAGGCGCGCCAGCGGGCGGAGACCGACGCCGCCCUGCCCCUGCCCGGCCUGCCGCCCCCCGACCCGGCCGGCCCCGCCCCCAGCUACCACCUGGAGUGGGACGUCGCGGCGGCGCGUGGCGCGGGCGUCGAGACGGCGGCGGCGCGCGCGGCGCUGGCGGCGGCGCUGAGGGCGGACCUGCUCACAGAGCAGCCCGUGGCGGCCGGCGGGGGCGGCUCUUCGUCCUCCAGUGGUGCGGGCGCUGGCGCAGUGAUUGGCGCGUCGAGCGCCCCGGGCGCGGCGGCCGCGCCCGCGGCGGCGCGGCAGCUGCCCGUGCGGCUGGCAUUCGAGCCGCGGCGCGCGCUGGCGGCGACGGUGCCGCUGGUUGUGGUGCGGUCUGGCGGCGGGCGCUGGGCGUACGACGUGCACCUCGCGGCGGUUGCCCCAGACGUUGACGGCGUCAUCACCCUGGAAGCUUACGUCGGCCGCACCGCGGAGCAUCCCCUCGGGCUCUACUCAUCGGGCGACGGGCCCGAGGAGUUCACGGCGGAGUUCACGCCCGAGAGCCCGCUGGCGUUUGACGUGCGGCCGGCGCGGGGGCUGCUGCCGGUGGCGCCAGCGGCGGGGUGUGCGGUUGGCGGAGUCGGGGAGGGGGCGGGCGGCGCUGCUGUGGCGCCCAUCACAGUGACAUACACGUGCAGCGAGAUGGGCCGAGUGCUGAAGGGCCGCCUGGUGGUGCACACGGCCAGCGGGCAGCACGUCUACGAUGUGAAGGGCCGCAUGCCCAAGUAUGUGCCGCCGGACCCCGCCACGGCACGCAGCACGCUCGACACGGGGCGCAGCAGCGGUUGCCGUGGCGACAACCGGCACUAG